GUCCAGGUGAGCAGUCGCUGGUCGUCGGGGCGGCCGGCCGGCGCGUCGGCUCCAGGGCCCAGCAUGCGCGGGGGACCCUGCGGUCACCAUGUACGUGGGCUAUGUGCUGGACAAGGACUCCCCCGUGUACCCGGGCCCCGCCAGACCCUCCGGCCUCGGCCUGGGCCCUCCUGCCUACGCUCCCCCCGGCCCAGCGCCCGCACCCCCGCAGUACCCCGACUUCGCGGGUUACACGCACGUGGAGCCGGCGCCCGCGCCCCCUCCGACCUGGGGGCCCUUUCCCGCGCCCAAGGACGACUGGGCAGCUGCCUAUGGCCCGGGCCCCGCGGCCCCAGCUGCCAGUCCGGCCCCGCUGGCCUUCGGGCCCCCUCCGGACUUUAGCCCGGUGCCCGCGCCGCCAGGGCCUGGUCCCAGUAUCCUGGCGCAGUCCCUCGGAGGCCCGGGGCCACCGUCCUCGCCAGGAUCGCAAAGGAGGACACCCUACGAAUGGAUGCGGCGCAGCGUGGCUGCUGCAGGCGGCGGUAGCAGCGGUAAGACUCGGACCAAGGACAAGUACCGAGUGGUCUACACAGACCACCAGCGCCUGGAGCUGGAAAAGGAGUUUCACUACAGCCGGUACAUCACCAUCCGGCGCAAGUCGGAGUUGGCUGCUAACUUGGGGCUCACAGAGCGGCAGGUAAAGAUCUGGUUCCAGAACCGUCGGGCCAAGGAGCGUAAGGUGAACAAGAAGAAGCAGCAGCAACAGCAGCAGCAGCAGCAGCAGUCGCUGCCUCCCACACAGCUGCCCCUGCCCCUGGAUGGCACCCCUGCCCCAUCAGGGCCACCCCUGGGUAGUCUAUGCCCCACCAAUGCAGGCCUUCUGGGUACCCCCUCUCCAGUGCCUGUCAAGGAGGAGUUUCUACCCUAGCCCCUUCCAGCCUGGGGCCCAGGCAUCUAGGGACUUGAAUGUUGGGUAUCUGGCUUUGCUGGAGCCCAAGGAGCCUGUUCUGAGUUCUAGCCCUGCUGCCGACCUUUGGGAUCACUGUGGACAAAUUGCCUACCUGGGACAAGUAGCCUGCCCACUCUCUGCCCUCCUUAAGCUGGGCUGUGUGAGGAGCCUGUUGGAUAAGGAUCUCUUAAAGUUCUUGUGGUCUAGGCCAUGGGGGUAAUGGGGAGCCCUAGUGAGAGGUUUUAACCACCUGGAGAUAUUGCAAGAUCUAGAGGACUCAACCAGCAUAUAAGACAAGGUUGAGGCUCUACCUCCUCCUCCAAGGGCUCCAGGGUGAGGUGGAAGGCUGCUACAUGGACCGGACUGGCCCUGGAGAGAAGAGACAGUGUUGAAAGAAAGUGGUACACAUGAGUCUAAACUCCCAUGUGAGGUACAGGAUGAUAUCUGUCCCACCUGUCUCCUCAUGCAGCCUCACCUCCACCUGCCCUAGUGCCCCAUGCUCUGCCCUCCCCUAGCCUGGAGGUGGCCACAAAGUUGCCAGGACUGGGUAUGAGGUAGAGGUUGGGCAAUUGGCUAUUACUCUUGAAACAGAACUUGCUCCUCCCUGGCACUCCAGGGAGGCUUAUGGAUGGAAGGGAAGCCUCUCAGGGUAGACUCAGAGUCCACAUACCUGUUCAUGCCCACCUCCCCACAGGCUGUCUAUCACACCUAGGAGCCCCCAGACCACGGGGAACUCCCAGCUGGACAGGGAUUAAGCGGAGUGGAAUCUCUUGGAUGCAGCUUCAGGAAUAAGUUUUCCCCCUUUAAACAAUUUAUUAAAAAAAAAAUCAUACAUAGCAUUAAAGGAAUUUUUUAAAAAGUUUAA